AUUUCUAUAUGUAUUUACUCACUAGAUCAACCAGAACAGAACCAGAAGCAGAAGAAGCAGAGCAGAACCAGAACCAUAAUCGUGAACAAUGGCUGUUGAAUUUAUGGAGACUCUCAAAGAAAACACAAGCGCCAACACCGGACUCUCUCCACAUACUUUAUUUACUCUCUUCGCCACCGGUGUCACCGUCUACUACAUGCUUUCCGUUUUCUUCAGAGGCUCCUCCGAUCACCAUCAACAACACACCCCAACGUCUUCCGAAGAAGACAGAUCCGCGGCAUCUUCUUCGUCCGCUUCUCACUCAAUUUCUGCCUCUACUUCUCAAUCAUGGAAUCAUGAUGUAUUUCUGAGCUUUCGGGGAGAAGACACCCGUAAUAGCUUUGUGGAUCAUCUCUAUGCGGCUCUUGCACAACAAGGAAUCCAGACGUACAAGGAUGACGAAACACUUCCUCGGGGUGAGCGAAUCGGUCCAACCCUCUUGAAAGCUAUCGAAGAAUCACGCAUCGCCCUUGUUGUAUUCUCUGAAAACUAUGCGGAUUCAUCUUGGUGCUUGGACGAGCUUGCACAUAUUAUGGAGUGCGUGGACACCAGAGGGCAAAUCGUUGAGCCCAUAUUUUAUUUUGUAGAUCCGUCGGAUGUUAGAAAACAAAAGGGGAAAUAUGGAAAAGCAUUUAGAAAACAUAAGAGGGAAAAUAAGCACAAAGUUGGAUCAUGGAGAAAAGCUCUGGAAAAGGCAGGCAAUCUUUCUGGAUGGGUCGAUGAAAACAGUCAUGAAGCAAAAUGUAUCAAAGAAAUUGUUGGUACAAUUUCUAGUAGGCUGCCUACACUAACUACAAACGUCAAUAAAGACCUCAUUGGAAUAGAGACACGCUUACAAGAUUUGAAAUCAAAGCUGAAAAUCGAGUCAGGUGGUGUACGCAUUAUUGGAAUAUGGGGAGUUGGGGGUGGUGGUAAGACUACUCUCGCAUCUGCUGCUUAUGCGGAAAUCUCUCACCGAUUUGAAGCUCACUGCCUUCUUCAAAAUAUCCGUGAGGAGUCAAACAAGCAUGGUUUGGAAAAGCUACAAGAAAAAUUUCUCUCACUUAAUUUGAAAGCAGAUGUGAAGGUAGGGAAUGAGAUAGAAGGAAGAAGCAUUAUAGAAAGAAGGUUACGUAAUAAAAGCGUAUUAGUUGUUCUUGACGAUGUUGAUGACCAUAAGCAACUAGAGGCUCUAGCCGGAUCACAUGCUUGGUUUGGUAAAGGGAGCAGGUUAAUAAUUACAACAAGAGAUGAGCAUUUGCUAACCCGCCAUGCAGACACGAUAUAUGAAGUGAGUUUAUUAUCGCAUGACGAGGCUAUGGAGCUCUUCAACAAACAUGCAUAUCAGAAAGAUAAACCUAUAGAAGAUUACGAGAUGCUUUCAAAAGAUGUAGUUUCUUAUGCUAGUGGGCUCCCAUUAGCACUUGAAAUUCUAGGUUCUUUUCUAUAUGACAAAAACAAGGAUGACUGGAAGAGUGCAUUGGCCAAGUUAAAAUGCAUCCCAAAUGUUAAAGUCACCGAAAGACUCAAAAUAAGUUAUGAUGGACUUGAACCCGACCAUCAAAAAUUAUUCUUAGAUAUUGCUUGUUUUUUUACGAGACGAAGCAUGGAUGAGGCAAUGAUGGUGCUUGAUGCUUGUAAUUUACACCCUCGUAUAGGGGUGAAGGUGUUGAUUCAAAAAUCUCUCAUAAAAGUUUCAGAUGAUGUAUUUGGUGAUAAAAUAGUUGAUAUGCAUGACUUGGUGGAAGAAAUGGCUCACUACAUUGUUAGAGGGGCACACCCUAAUCAUCCUGAAAAGCAUAGCAGAAUUUGGAAGAGGGAAGAUAUAGCAUACCUCUGUGAUAUGGGGGUAGAUGCACCGCCAAUGGAAACUGAAGCAUUAGUUUUUAAUAGAUCUAUAUUUGAUGUUGUGGGUCUAUCUGAUGUUGUUGCAAACAUGAAGAAACUUCGGUGGAUUCGUUUUGAUAACUAUCUGACAUCUUCAUUCCCAUCAAAUUUUCAGCCAAGAGAGCUUGGUUAUCUAGAGUUGAAGGAGAGCCUACAAAAAGAACUGUGGCAUGGGUAUAAGAGUCUACCAAAUUUGAAAAUUCUUGAUCUUACGAAUUCAUCAAAACUAAUCACAACACCAGAUUUUGACGGCCUUCCAUGUCUUGAAAGAUUGAUUUUAGAUGGUUGUAAGAGUUUAGAAGAGAUUCAUCCAUCAAUUGGGUAUCACAAAAGGCUUGUUUACGUGGAUAUGAGCAAGUGUUCAGGACUUAAAAGCUUUCCACCCAUCAUACAGAUGCAAAUGUUGGAGACUCUUAUUCUCUCUAAGUGUCAUGAACUUCAAGAGUUUCCGGAUAUCCAGUCGAACAUGAGUCUACCAAAUUUGAAAAUUCUUGAUCUUUCAUACUCAAGAAACCUAAUCAAGACACCAGAUUUUGAAGGCCUUCCAUGUCUUGAGAGGUUGAUUUUAGCGUGUUGUAAUAGUUUAGAAGAGAUUCAUCCAUCAAUUGGAUAUCACAAAAGGCUUGUUUUCGGGGAUAUGAGCUACUGUAAGAGACUUAAAAGGUUUCCACCCAUCAUACAGAUGCAAAUGUUGGAGACUCUUGAUCUCUCUUAUUGCACUAAACUUCAACAGUUUCCGGAUAUCCAGUCAAACAUGUAUAGCUUGGUAACCCUUGAUUUGCGUCAUACUGGUAUUGAAAUAAUCCCACCGUCAGUUGGACGACUCCCAGGUCUCAAGUUUCUCAAUCUGUCAUACUGCAAAAACCUUGUAGAAUUGCCAGACCUCCCAUCAAGCAUAGCUAUUCUCAAAGCAGAUGGUUGUGACUCACUUGAAAUUGUAAGAGAUUUAUCAUACUAUAAAUGGUUGUGGAAAGUCUCACUUGGAGAGAGAACGAAUAAGAGGGUACUACUUUCUAUGCUUGAGGGAAAUGCAGCUAAUGAUCGCUUUAUGAGUGUCUUACUUCCCGCGAUUGAACCAUCGCCACGUAUUUUUAUGAGAUUAGUUACAUUGCAACUUCCAAGCAACUGGCACAGUGACUUUAGUGGACUUUUAUUAUUCUUAUGUGAUGACAGUCGCGGUAAGUUGAGUUAUCGCAUAGAUAUUAAGCAGGAGACGUCCACAUAUGAUUACUCUCGGAUGAAGAGUUGGGAACAAUGUAAGUAUGAAAGGGUGGGUUAUGUACCCUUUAAUUCAUUGCGGCACAUCCCAUGGUUCAAUCCUACAUACACUAAAAAUAUUUCAUUUAAGACUCCUCAUGGCUGUGGUCUUAGUGUGGAACUUGUUCGUAGUAAAAAUAAAACAGUUGAUUUAAACGAAAACCCAAUCGAUUACUCAGAGUGUUGGGAUGAAGAAUAUGAUGAAUAUGAAGAGCUGAGAAAGACAUUUGAGAUCAUGUAUGAUUCACAGUCCUCUAAUAUUCGGAUUGUAUGGCGUCAUUAAUAGUUGACCUCGGCAUUAGUGUUGCUAGUAUAUCUUCCUAGAUUUUGUUUCAAGGGUCAUCAACAACUAUUAGUAGAUCUCAGUUUCAACAUUAUUGGGCCCACAUUUUGUUACCAUUUCCAGUUUGCUUUAGCAACAUUAUUGCAGUCUACCAAAAAAGUUGUAAUAAAUUUUUCUUUGUUAUCCUAUAAAACUUCACAUCCUAUACUACCAGGUUUCGUA